AGAUAAAAAGUAUCUAAUUAUUAAUCCAAGAUUAAACAUUAAUUGAGCUUGUAAAUAAUAAUGUUUCUAUAUUGGUAGCAACAGGUUGGUAGGAUAUUAGACAAGUUUGCAUUAAUAAAGUUAGAUUGAGCACACCGGAUUGAAGGCAUAAGUCACGUUAUCGAAAUACUCGAAAUAUAUAUAAUUCGUUCCAUUUGUAUAGUGAAGUACGUUUGGAUAGAAUAUAGAUACUUGCGUUUGAUUUGAUACUGUGAGCGACAUCUGUGGACGGUGUAGCUUCUUUACACGUGUAUAAAGUUUCUUAUCUUAUCAACGGGAGUUAAGAUUAGUAAGGGAAAGGUCUACUCGGUACUUCGUACUCUCGGUAUUUUGACAGGAGAUGAAUGUCACAACACAGGAUGAGAGGAAUCAGAUUGCGCGUAAGAAGAUGCUUGACCUGCACGAAGUCCGCGUGGGAAAAGUCCCACAGGAUUCGCCGUGGUUAAGAAGCAUUCGCUUGCACUACGUCCAUAAUGGUCAGUCUAAGAAUUGGGAUGUGAUAACGAUGCACGACAGCGUGUGUAUAAUUGUCUUCAAUGUAAGUCGAAGGAAGCUCGUAUUCGUUAGACAAUUCCGGCCAGCAGUGUAUUACGCAUCUCAAUCGGAGAAGCAAGAGACGAUCGAUGUCAAGUGUUAUCCUGCGACACUGGGGAUAACUUUGGAACUCUGCGCUGGUAUUGUGGAUAAGAAUAAAUCUCUCGUCGAGAUCGCAAGGGACGAGUUGAAGGAAGAGUGUGGUUACGAAGUACCCACUUCAUCAUUUAAACAAAUUCUUACCUAUCUAUCUAGUGCUUCUGCUAGUGCAAAGCAAACUCUUUUCUAUGUAGAAGUCACCGAUGACAUGAAGAUAUAUCCUGGUGGUGGUGAUGAGUCCGAAGGUGAAGUCAUAGAAGUAGUGGAAUUAAGCAUUCCUGAAUUGAAGGAUUAUAUGAGCACCAAAGAAGUAUCAAGUCCCUCCAGCUUCCUCCACGGUGUGUCUUGGUUUCUACUUAAUAAAUCUGAGUACUGUUAAUUAGAAUAAAGCUAAAAUUUAUCUUGCUCGGGA